GAGUGGCAUGGAGACUAACAAAGCCAGUAAUGCACCGGAUGACAAAGGAGUUGGAGAUGGACCAGCAGGCAAACGUGGACCAAUGACCAUCGCAGUGUCUGAAAUAUUGCUGAUUAACAUGGAGAAGCCAGGAGUGGCGUUUCCCUUCAUAAAGGCCUUGGUGAACGUGAAUGACCAUUUCCACAAGCUUCACCCGGACAGUGAGUUUCCAUUCCACAUUGCACUGAUGACUAAGAACCAGGCUCAGGAGCAACACAUAAGAAACCACCUCAACAAGUUAGGGCAUGCAGCUGCCAUCAUGUUCCCCAAUGACACCAAUAACAAGGGAGACAAAUCGAGUGUGGAGAAAGAGAGACUAGCGUGCGUGGAAAUUCCUCCACCAUCUACGGAUCAAAUUCAGCUUCGCGUGGCCUUCGAUGGAGAUAACGUCCUGUUCUCUCAAGAUCCCGAGAGUGCAAAGGCGAUCCACGGGCUGGAGAGCUUCAAACAAAACGAGGAUGAGAAACAGGACGUCCCCCUCCGAGAGGGUCCCCUGAAGUGCUUUUUGGAGGCUCUUGUUAACAUGGAGAAAAAAUUCCACGCCAAACAUCCGAAUGAAAACUGCCCUGUGCAGACCUUCCUGGUGACAGCACGCAACCCAGUCUUUUCUGGGACCAGGGUCCUGAAGACCCUGAAGAGCUGGGGUCUGGAGCUCACUCAGGCGUUCUUCUUAUCCGGGACGCCUAAGGGGCCCCCACUGAGUAUGAUCCAGCCACACAUCUUCUUUGAUGACCGGAAGAUGCAUGUCAAUGAGGGGCUUGAGCUGGGGGUCGUCUCUGCCCUAGUGCCUUAUGGGAUAGGAUAUGAGACCGACAAGGAAGCUAAAGAAGAAGAAGCAAACCAUGGGGAUAAACAAGGCAACAGUGUCAGCAUUAACUAGACCUGUGCUGUUUUUUUGUCUUUCCUGUAUCUUCAUUGUUUGUCCAUUAAAAAUA